UCAUGAGAAACAUCUUGGGUGAGCUAUGAUUUCAGUUAAAAGAUGUGUUUGUGUGACCGGCGCACCACCGAAGAGCAGAAGACUGCUUCGUGUUCUCCCUGCAGAAGUAUGACCAUGAUUCUUUCCACCUAUAAUACCAUCCAGUCAAUUUUCUGUUGUUGUUGCUGCUGUUCCGUGCAGAAGCGACAAGUAAGAACACAAAUAAGCCUAAGCAAAGAUGAAGAAUUUUCAGAAAGAUACACUCAGCGUCGCAGGCUAUGGUUCACCGAAUUGCCAAGUAAGAAGCGAUCCAACAGAGGCCACAUGCAACCAUCAAAACGCAAGCCACUGCCUCCCCUCCCGACCUCUGAGGUUACUGAAGAGAGGAUCCAAGUCAAAGCACUGUAUGACUUUGUGCCCAGAGAGCCGUGCGAUCUAGCGCUAAAGAGAGGAGAGGAGUAUGUGAUACUGGAGAAGUACAAUCCUCACUGGUGGAAGGCAAGCGACCGUUCGGGGAAUGAAGGCUUAAUCCCAAGCAACUAUGUGACUGAAAACAAACCAACCAAUUUAGAAAUAUAUGAGUGGUAUCAUAGACACAUUACCAGAAAUCAGGCAGAACGCAUUUUGAGACAAGAGUCUAAAGAAGGUGCAUUUAUUGUCAGAGAUUCGAGACAUUUGGGAUCCUACACAAUUUCUGUGUUUAUAAAAGCCAGAAGAAAUAUAGAGGCUACCAUCAAACAUUAUCAGAUUAAAAAGAAUGACUCAGGACAGUGGUACGUGGCUGAAAGACACCUCUUCCAAUCAAUCCCCGAGUUGAUCUGGUAUCAUCAACACAAUGCAGCAGGUCUCAUGACCCGUCUUCGCUACCCAGUUGGACUGAUGGGCAGCUGUUUGCCAGCCACAGCUGGCUUUAGCUAUGAAAAGUGGGAGAUAGAUCCCGCUGAGUUGGCAUUUGUGAAGGAGAUUGGAAGCGGUCAGUUUGGGGUAGUCCAUUUAGGGCAAUGGCGAGCACACAUCCAAGUAGCCAUUAAGGCCAUCAGCGAAGGCGCCAUGUCUGAAGAGGACUUCAUUGAAGAGGCUAAAGUGAUGACGAAAUUAUCGCACUCGAGGCUCGUCCAGCUGUACGGAGUGUGCGUUCAGCAGAAGCCCCUGUACAUCGUGACGGAGUUCAUGGAGAACGGCUGCCUGCUGAGCUACCUCCGAGAGAGAAGGGGGGCGCUGCGGAAGGACAUGCUACUGAGCAUGUGCGAGGACGUCUGCGAGGGAAUGGAGUACCUGGAGAGGAACUGCUUUAUUCAUAGGGAUUUAGCAGCAAGGAAUUGUUUGGUCAGUGCUGCAAGUAUAGUAAAAAUAUCGGACUUUGGAAUGACAAGGUACGUUUUGGAUGAUGAAUAUAUCAGUUCAUCUGGUGCCAAGUUCCCAAUCAAGUGGUCCCCUCCCGAAGUUUUCCAUUUCAACAAGUACAGCAGCAAAUCUGACGUGUGGUCUUUUGGAGUCUUGAUGUGGGAAGUUUUUACGGAAGGAAAAAUGCCUUUUGAGAAUAAGUCAAAUUUGCAAGUUGUGGAAGCCAUUUCCAAAGGCUUCAGGCUCUACCGUCCUCAGCUGGCGCCGAUGUCCAUAUACGAAGUCAUGUACAGCUGCUGGCACGAGAAGCCCAAAGGCCGCCCUACAUUCGCCGAGCUGCUGCAGGUCCUCACAGAGAUUGCGGAAACCUGGUGACCCAAAUGGAAGGCCAACCCCGAGGACCAUCUUGCAAAAUUAUCGCAAAAGGAAAUCCUGUUUGGGGUCACUGAUGGUGAACACCUUCAUUUAGAGUUGCUGACUCUUGGAAACGGUGCAAAGAUCACAGGCUUUUCCAACUUUAAAGUUUAAAAAUACUCUGACACUCAUAUUUUCUACAGGGAUGUCUUUGAAAGGGACUUUCCAACUCUCAUUUUUCUGUGUUGUUCUUCGUGCCCCAUAUGUGAAGAGGGGGAGAAUGCUUCAUAGCAGUCUUCACAGCGGCUGCCCUUUAUGAGAAUAGCCCUGAGGGCCCCCCGAGAAGAAAGAAAUUCUGCCAACUCGUCGAAUAAAGGAGACUCCCCUGCAGAAUUCAAUGCUUUUGAGCUGGAUAGAUCUUUGUGGAAAGUGCACCUUUACAAGCCACAUUAACGUGAACAUUCUUAAACUGCCUUUUAUAAUUUCUCCUGUGUUGUUUAAGGACUUGGUUUUGCACAUAUCUGAUUAUUUUGGAGACAGUGUCUUAUAUUCCAGUUUUAAACACUGUGAAGGCAAAGUUCUUUGAACCGGUCCUUGCGAUGCUUCUAUUUCCAGGAAUAGCCAUUGUCAGGGUCAGUUCGAAACCUGAAUUUCAAUUCUGCAUUUUCACUUUGUCCACGUAACAUGGGACAAUAUAAGAAGCCCCCUUUUAAAAUGUGUAAUAGAUGUUUUUUAUUUUAUUUUCCUUAUAGUGUAGAAGAAUGCUUAUUGCACAGGUGGCCAAAGAAAAGUUAUACAUUUUGAAGGUUUCAUAUCUCUUUUUAGUUAAAUUAUGAAAAUUCUUUUGAGUACGGUUGACACACAAUAUUAGUUUCAGGUGUACAACAUAGUGAUUCAACAUUUCCAUAGGUUACCCUGUGUAGCUACCACCUCUCACCAUACUUUGUUGUUACAAUAUCAUACUCAAAAUUCUUUUGAGUUUGGUUGACACACAAUAUUAUAUUAGUUUCAGGUGUACAACGUAGUGAUUCGACAUUUCCACAGGUUACCCAUGUGUAGCUACCACCUCUCACCAUACGUUGUUGUUACAAUAUCAUUGAUGAUAUUCCCUGUGCUAUGCCUCUUAUUCCUAUGACUUAUUUAUUUUAUAACUGGAAGCCUAUAUCUCCCACCCCCACCCCUCUCUCCAUCAGUUUGUUCUCUGUAUUUAUAGGCCUUCUGGAAGAAGCCUCAUUUUGUCAUAGAAAGUUCCUGCAGUAUCUUUAUAGAAGAUGACUUGCUUCUUUCAUAAGAACAAGAGGAGGCAAAAACAAGAUAUCCGAAUGUUACCUUCAACUCCGUUAUUUCUGACAUCCAGGGUUUUGAAUUCAAGCUAAAAUAACCACAAUCAUAAUUAAAUCUUAACUUCUCACGCACUGUUUAUGGGAAUGGUUGGAAAUGUAUCUUUAUCAUUGUGAGUGUUUCAGAAUCACCGUAGGAAGAAGUGUGUGGCGGAAAGCACAAAUGUCACCACUGUGAGGUUUCUCGAUAGGGGAGUCUGUCCUUUGAAUACCGCCCUACUCUGCAUCAUGGUUCCGCAUUGUGAUUCUCUAAGUUGCUGUCUGGCAGCAGUUGUGACUUUUAAGUCCUGUUUGCCCACUCCAAGAAUGAUGUAUUUGAGUGUCAGUGGCACUUGGUCAAUGAGCACUGAAAUAAUGAGCAUCAGACACGAUAAUGUUCAACUUUGACGAUUCAAGUGGUGGUCUCAGAAAUAUUUGCGUGAGAUCCUCUGGUGUUUCUGAGAGUAUCAAACCCCUUUUCCUCAUGAUAUGGGAGGUGAGACAGGGCUCUUCCUACUGAGAUCAUAAGUCAAAUAAGAUUUGCAGAAGUGAAGUGCAAGAGAGCAUUAGACUAUCGAACAAGCAAAAGCCAAAGCCAGUGGGAAGGUUAAUGUUAUGACAACAGAACAAAACAGGACAACCCAAUACUGAGAAGUUAGGAUUGACCACAGAGCCUCUGCCGUCACGAUCACUGCGAUGUGGGGAGACAGAGUGCAGAGCGAGAGUGAGUCCAGAGAGAAGUCCUUCCUCAAGGUGUGAUAUGGCUGCCGGCACUUCUAUGAGCUGGUGGUGGUGGUGGUAGGCAAGCUCUAUUCCUUUUGUUUUAACACUUCAUCAGAGUUUGAGAUACUAAGAUAUGGAAGUAACUAGAGAUAACAUGUAUGUAACUGAGGUGCCAGAUAAUGGGUAAAUUUGGAAUGUCUUUAAUUUUUUUAAUGUUUAUUCAGUUUUGAGAAAGAGAGAAACAGUAUGAAUGGCGGGAGGGGCA